UGUCACUGUCACUUAUAGACGUGAACUUUAUUGUUUGUAUGUGCAGUUGUUAUUUCCUUACUUUAUAUUUGUUACUCGUAAAACCUCCAAAAUGAAUAACAGCACGAUUAACGUGGAUCAAUUGAAUUCUGCUCUAAACUCUCUUCGUGUUUUACGAUCUAGCGUCAGUCAUGUAUUCGAAACACUUUCAAAUGGACUGCGGGCCGACCACGGUGAAGAUGGCAAAGAUAAGUUCCUCCUUGAACUCCAGGAGCUGCUAAAUAAUGUUAAUAUUAACUUACGGGACCUGGAACAGACUGUAAAUGGACUGCCCAUACCUACAGCACCUUUCAACCUAGGAACAACGUCGUUCCUUAGCCACGAAACGACACAAGACCGGCAAGCGCUCUAUACUCAACUCGUGAACAGUUACAAGUGGACGGAUAAGAUACACGAAUACAGCUCGUUCGCGCAUACACUGCUGAGCCAGAAUUCACUCAAACGUUCGUACAUAAACUCUGGCAGCACGAAACGCCGUGGAAAACUGCAAAGUAACCACAACGUUGCGCCUCUACAAGUCGAUAAUGUAAUCAACAACAUUGACAGAUCUUAUAGCGAUAUGAAAAUAACAAUAUCGCGACCAUUCGCAAGCAAUGCAGUAGUGCAGAUCAACCUGAGCCAUGUUCUAAAAGCGGUGGUUGCUUUCAAAGGCCUGCUCAUGGAGUGGGUCAUGGUGAAAGGUUACGGUGAAUCCCUGGACCUGUGGUCUGAGUCCCGACACUUCGUCUUCAGGAAAGUGACAGAGAAUGCUCACGCUGCUAUGCUACAUUUCUAUUCUCCAACGUUACCGGAGCUGGCUGUGCGUUCCUUCAUGACAUGGCUGCAUAGUUACGUGAACUUGUUCAGCGAGCCAUGCAAGAGGUGCAGUUGUCACCUCCACCACACGUCACUACUGCCUCCUGCAUGGCGCGACUUCCGUACCCUGGAGCCAUUUCACGAUGAAUGUAAACAAUAGUCAAUGUGGUAUUGAUCGGGAGAGCCCCCCAAUCAGUUUGGGGACUCUCCCUUUCAAUAAUUGAAGGUACAAUGGACACUAGAUUGUAGGUUUGUAAUGGCCUUGUGAGAUAGUGAUUUGGUGUAUUUAUAGGUAAAAUGUUAGUUGUAAGAUUUCUUAUACUUCAUAAGUAAAUAAAGACUCAAGUUUUUUAUGCUGUAAGUAUUUGAAUGCUAUAGGCAACUUUCUUACUUCAACUGUAUAAUAGCAAAUUAAACUGUUUCAUAGAUUUUGUAAUUCCUACUGUAGGUACAUAGGUACUGUUAGAAAUCCAUACAUAUAAUUAAUCUGUACUAUUAGAAAUCCAUACAUAUAAUAAAUCUGUAGUUAUACAUAAAACUUUA